UGCGUCCGCGGUCCUGGCAGCUGCCGGCAACCCAGCCCCACUUUGGGCCUCCGUGUCUCUCCUGUGAUCGUACUGACACGGCAGGGGGGUUAGAAUGGAACAAACUGAAGGCUCGAUGAGAGAAAGGGAAAGUUAAGGAUGCUGGAGCAGAACAAUGGAUUUCUCUUUCUCUUUCAUGCAAGGGAUCAUGGGAAACACAAUUCAGCAACCACCUCAACUCAUUGACUCAGCCAACAUCCGCCAGGAGGAUGCCUUUGAUAACAACAGUGACAUCGUUGAAGAUGGUGGCCCAACACCCUUCGAAGCUACUUUGCAACAAGGUUUUCAAUAUCCACCUACAACAGAAGACCUUCCUUCACUCACAAAUGGCUACCCACCAUCAAUCAGCUUGUAUGAAACUCAAACCAAAUACCCGCCAUAUAAUCAGUAUCCCAAUGGGUCAGCCAACGGUUUUGGUGCAGUUAGAAACUUUAGCCCUACUGACUAUUACCAUUCAGAAAUUCCAAACACAAGACCACAUGAAAUUCUGGAAAAACCUUCUCCUCCACAGCCACCUCCUCCUCCUCCUUCGGUACCACAAACUGUGAUUCCAAAGAAGACAGGCUCACCUGAGAUUAAACUAAAAAUAACCAAAACUAUCCAGAAUGGCAGGGAAUUGUUUGAGUCUUCCCUUUGUGGAGACCUUUUAAAUGAAGUACAGGCAAGUGAGCACACAAAGUCAAAGCAUGAAAGCAGAAAGGAAAAGAGGAAAAAAAGCAACAAACACGAGUCAUCUAGAUCUGAAGAGCGCAAGUCACACAAGGUCCCCAAGUUAGAGCCAGAGGGACAGAAUAGACCAAAUGAGAGGGUGGACACUGCACCAGAAAAGCCAAGAGAAGAGCCAGUGCUCAAAGAGGCCGUCCCGGUUCAGCCAAUACUGUCUUCUGUUCCAACAACAGAAACGUCCACUGGCGUUAAGUUCCAGGUUGGUGAUCUUGUUUGGUCCAAGGUGGGAACCUAUCCUUGGUGGCCUUGUAUGGUUUCAAGUGAUCCCCAGCUUGAGGUCCAUACCAAAAUUAACACAAGAGGUGCCCGGGAAUAUCAUGUCCAGUUUUUUAGCAACCAGCCAGAGAGGGCAUGGGUUCAUGAGAAGCGGGUACGCGAGUAUAAAGGUCACGAACAGUAUGAAGAGCUACUAGCCGAGGCAGCUAAACAAGCCAGCAAUCAUUCCGAAAAGCAAAAGAUUCGGAAACCCCGACCGCAGAGAGAACGCGCCCAGUGGGAUAUUGGCAUUGCUCAUGCAGAGAAAGCAUUGAAAAUGACCCGGGAGGAAAGAGUGGAACAGUAUACUUUCAUCUAUAUCGAUAAGCAGCCAGAAGAGGCUUCAUCCCAAGCAAAGAAGAAUGUUACCUCUAAGACGGAAGUCAAGAAACCCCGAAGACCAAGGUCUGUGCUGAAUAGUCAGCCAGAGCAGACCAGUGCUGGGGAGGUGGCCUCCUCACAGUCAAGUACUGACCUUCGAAGACAGAGCCAGAGGCGACACACUAGCUUGGAAGAGGAAGAGCCACCUCCUGUUAAAAUAGCCUGGAAAACAGCAGCUGCGAGGAAGUCCUUACCAGCUUCCAUCACAAUGCACAAAGGGAGCCUAGAUUUGCAGAAGUGUAAUAUGUCUCCAGUUGUGAAAAUUGAACAAGUGUUUGCUCUUCAGAAUGCAACAGGAGAUGGGAAGUUUAUUGAUCAGUUUGUUUAUUCAACGAAGGGAAUUGGUAACAAAACAGAAAUAAGUGUCAGGGGGCAAGACAGGCUUAUAAUCUCUUCACCAAGUCAGAGAAAUGAGAAGCCAACUCAGAGCACGUCAUCUCCGUAGGCAACAUCUGGUUCUGCAGGCCCAGUAGAAAAGAAGCAGCAGAGAAGAUCAAUCAGGACUCGGUCUGAGUCAGAGAAAUCCACCGAGGUUGUGCCAAAGAAGAAGAUCAAAAAGGAGCAGGUUGAAACAACGCCUCAGGCUUCCCUGAAGACUGGAUUACAGAAAGGGUCGGCGGACCGAGGAGCGCAGGGCUCUGUCAGAUUCAGUGACAGCUCCGUCUCCGCAGCGAAAGAGGAAACUGUGGACUGAGAUUCCUGUACAAUUUCAUCCCAGAAACUCCAGACUUGGAGUCUCCGUGCAAGAGUUCUUUGUCGGCGGCUCGAUAAAGUUCCUUUUGUUUUGAUUUUGAUUUUGCCAGUCAUCAUUAUUGGCAUUCUCUGGCCUGGUUUCUUCUUCAAGACUGAACAAUUUCUUUAACAUUCA